GCAGGAGGAGGAGGAGGAGGAGGCCCGCCUUCGCCCCUUCUUUGGCUUCUUCUUCUUCUCCGUCUCCGCUUUCUCCUUCCCUCCCCUCAGUCUGGCCCUGGCCUCCUGCGCUGGGCAGCUGCCGGCCUCCCUCCUUCCCUCCAAAGCCAUGAACCGAGUGGGGAAGAAGGAGAACGAGGAGACCCUCAUCGAGAUGGGGCUCUCCAACGAGGGAGAAGAAACGAAUGGACCAUUAUUUGAAAAUAUAUCAAGCACAGAUUCAGAACUUCCUGGCAACUCUGAGGGCCUAAGUACCACAGAGACUACAUUACUCAUCUCUGAUCUUCAAGGGAAGACUGGAAGGAGAUUCAAACUGUUCCUGAAGCAACGUCUCAGGAUUGAUGGACGACAUCAAAGCAAAGACUCUGUUUUCUUCAGAGAUGGUAAUCGCCGAAUAGAUUUUGUACUGGCUUAUGUGGACGAUCCUAAAAUAGAAGGUGAAAAGAAGACGGAACGGAGGCGAGAAUUUGAGAAUAAUCUAGCGAAGGCAGGUCUGGAGCUAGAAACUGAAGACAAGAAGGAAUCUGACAAUGGGAAAACAUACUUUGUGAAGAUACAUGCACCUUGGGAAGUUCUGACCACAUAUGCUGAAGUGCUGAACAUCAAAAUGCCCAUCAAGGAAAGUGAUAUCCCUUGUGCUGUAGAAAACCCCUUUGACUGGUUAUUUUGGCCAUUUAGGCUACCUGAGAUUGUUAUGCAUCCGGAACCAGACUACUUUACAGCCCCAUUUAGCAAGGAAAGGCAGGAACUCUACCUCAUUGAUGAUGAGAAUACAUUUUUCUCCCCAUCUGUCAGGAACAGAAUUGUUUUCUAUAUUUUAACAAGAUGUCCCUAUGGAACUGAAGAAGGCAAGAAAAAAUUUGGCAUCAAAAGAUUGCUAAAUAAUGGCACAUACACUGCUGCUUAUCCUCUUCAUGAUUGUCAGUACUGGAGGAAAGCAAAUGAUCCAAAGUGUGAAAAUGAGAGAUACACACUUUACAGGGAGUGGGCAAGGUUUCCUCGCUUUUUCAAAGAACAGCCGUUGGAUCUUAUCAGGAAGUAUUAUGGAGAGAGAAUCGGAAUCUAUUUUGCAUGGCUGGGUUUCUACACUGAAAUGCUCUUCUUUGCAGCUGUUGUUGGUUUAAUUUGUUUUCUCUAUGGUGCCUUUACAAUGAAUGAAAAUAUGAGCAGCCAAGAAAUCUGUGACUCCAGUAUUGGAGGAGAAAUUAUCAUGUGCCCAUUAUGUGAUAAAAAAUGUGACUACUGGAGGCUUAAUUCUACAUGUGAGUCUUCAGAGUACUCCCAUUUGUUUGACAAUGUGGCAACCCUCUUUUUUGCAAUUUUUAUGGGUAUCUGGGUUACCCUUUUUUUGGAGUUCUGGAAGCGGCGUCAAGCUCGACUUGAAUAUGAAUGGGAUUUAGUUGAUUUUGAGGAAGAACAGCAGCAGCUACAAUUAAGGCCAGAGUAUGAAGCAAAAUGUACCCAGAAGAGAAAGAAUCCAGUAACUCAGGAACUAGAAUUGGUUAAAAGGAAGAGCUUACAUGACUAUGGGAAACUAAGCUUGUUGUAUUUUGGAGUAUUAUUUUGGAUCUCUUUGAUCAUAGCAAGUAUGAUCGCUGUGAUAGUCUACCGCCUUGCUGUUUAUGCUGCUUUUGCUAGCAUAAUGGAGAACACUCAAACUCUGCAACCCAUCCGAGGUUUAUUGACACCACAGCUAGCCACUUCAGUCACUGCAUCAUUACUGAAUUUUGUCAUCAUUAUGAUUCUGAAUUUCAUAUAUGAGAGGAUAGCCAUCUGGAUCACAGAUAUGGAAAUCCCAAGAACUCACCUUGAAUAUGAGAACAGACUCACUAUGAAGAUGUUCUUGUUUCAGUUUGUCAACUAUUACUCUUCAUGUUUCUAUGUGGCUUUCUUCAAAGGGAAGUUUGUGGGGUAUCCUGGUCUUUACACAUAUAUGUUUAACCAGUGGAGAAACGAAGAGUGUGAUCCUGCAGGAUGCUUGAUAGAAUUAACAACACAGCUUACCAUUAUCAUGGCCGGCAAACAAAUUUGGGGCAAUAUCCAAGAAGCCUUUGUACCGUGGAUAUGGAAUUGGUGGGGCCGUCGAAAAGCCAGGAGCAAUCCAGAGAAUUUAUACAGUCGAUGGGAGCAGGACCAUGACCUGCAGACCUUUGGAGCUUUGGGCCUAUUCUAUGAAUACUUAGAAAUGGUCAUUCAAUUUGGAUUUAUUACUCUGUUUGUGGCCUCUUUUCCCUUGGCCCCACUCCUUGCUCUGAUGAACAAUAUCUUGGAGAUUCGAGUUGAUUCUUGGAAACUAACAACCCAGUAUAAAAGACCGGUGGCAGCUAAAGCACACAGCAUUGGUAUUUGGCAGGAAAUCCUGAAUGGGUUAGCAAUCUUGUCCGUUGUCACAAAUGCAUUCAUUGUAGCCUUUACAUCUGAUAUGAUCCCUCGGCUGGUGUAUUAUUAUGCCUAUUCUACUGAUCCUGAUUCACCUAUGAGUGGAUAUAUUAAUGACAGCCUCUCCAUAUUUAGAAUAUCAGAUUUUCGAGAGAAAAACAGACCUGAUGCAAACCCAGGCAACUUUACAAACUGCAGGUAUAGGGACUAUCGAUAUCCACCAGACCAUGAGAAGCAGUACACGCACACAAUGCAGUUCUGGCACAUCCUGGCUGCCAAAAUGGCUUUUAUCAUUAUUAUGGAGCACGUUGUCUUCAUUGUCAAAUUCUUUGUGGCCUGGAUGAUUCCUGAUGUCCCAGCUGAAGUGAAAGCCAAAAUAAAGCGUGAAAAGUACUUGACACAAAAAAUACUACAUGAGUAUGAACUAUAUAAACUCAAGCAAAAGCUGUGUGAAGGAAAGACAGAUGCCAGCAUGGAAAAAGCAGUCUUGGCCACUGAAGGGAAGGUAGAAUUAUCAGAGCUCAUGUAGCCCUAGCUGCCUGCCUGGAAUUCCAACCUGUGAAAUUUUGAUGAUUCAGGAUCUGUGAUGAGCUUGCAGCUCAGCAUGUCGUGAAAGCUGUCCAGUCUUUUUCAUCAGUUUCUUUCUGGACUUGAAACUACGGUAUUCCUAAAACAAUUGGAAAGAGACAGCAUGGAUUGAUGGCAUGGAUUGAAGAUAGUCUACCAAGCCUUUUCAGUUCUGUACUUUUGCUGCUGUGUAACCUUGAAAAACAAGCUUCCGUUUGUGGAGUUGCAGCAUCUCUUUCAUUACCUUGCCUUUCUAAGAUUGUUUAGGCUUUUUUUGGAACUAAGAAUGUCUUAAUUGUGUUUCUGAUGUGUAGCCCUCAAAGUACUGUAUUUUCAGUGGUGGCCAUGCCAUGCUGUGCAAAUGUGAGAAGAUGCUACCCAGUGAGGUCAGGGUGUUGCAAAGAAGGAAAUAAACUAUGGCCUCAUGUUUAUAUGUAUGCAUUAGUAUACAUGAGUUGAUAAGGCCAAGAGUCUGAAGUGUAGUCCUUCAUUUGUUGAUAAAGAGAAUAUGUAUCCUUUUAUCAUUCUCUUAUUUGGACUUUAAAUUGUGCCACAGACUCUGAUGGCUCUGUCCCAUUCAUGUGUGCCUGUUACCAAAUUCAGGGACACUGGGAACUGAAGUCCCAAUCUACUACUUUUAGUUAACCUAGAUAAGGCAAAAAGGGCUUAGUAAGCAAGUACAGGAAUGUUUGAGACGUUUUUGCCAAAUGGUACUAUCAACACACAAAUUGUGCCUAUUUUUAGAAAAACAGAGGCAUUGCUCAGUGUUAAAGAACAACUAGUCUGCAAUUCUCUGUUCAUAGUGACUGUUCAAUAGCUUGCAGUUUUCUAGCUGUGAUAAAUUUGAGCAUAAUGAUAUUUGGAACUUUACUUGGAAAGUCUUACACAUAUCAUAAAUGUGCACUUCUGCUGCACAAAUCUGCACCUUCAAAUGCCUUCUGACAGACUGAUUUUGUGGGCAGUUUUUAAGGCUCAGAUACACCUAAGUAGCAGAAAUGCUGUAUAUGAUUGCUUCAUAGUCUAAAAUGUGGUGGACAAGUUGCUGCCCUCCAGAUGUUGCCAGUGUACAGUUGGCAAUGGUGAGGAAUGCUGGGAGUUGUAGUCCAACAACAUCUGGAUGAGCAUACUUUGUCCACUCCUAAUCUUUACCCAACAAAAAUAAAAAUGUUGAAAUGCUUUUUCAUAAUUUAGUUUUAUGCCAAGUAAUUUCCUCAGGUAACUUUUCUCCACAGUAAAUAUAUGAGUAAAAUUUAUGCAAACAUCUUAUUUCAUUGCCAUAGAGAUGCUUUGCUGUUUUAAUUUAGCAUUCACCAUUUUUUUAAAAGAAUUAAACUCUUAUAUGUGUACUGUGGGAUAAAUGACUUAAUUUACCCUACAGAAAGAAAGAUUAUUUUUAAAUCAAUAUGAUGUUUAAUUGAUAACAUAUUUCGUAAAGGCAAGAACCACUGAAGGGUCCUUUAAUUUGGUUAUUGACUUCUAUAUUAUUUGUCUUAAUUCCUUACCUCUGAUUUUAUUGUAACAGUUUCAGAAUCCCUCACGAAGGCAUCCACAAGGCUAUAAAAUGUAAACAAAGCUGUGUUACUAACCCACCUUAGUAGUAAACCUGUUUAUGUUUGUACAGAACAUGUAUUCUUGAUAUUUUAUUAAUGAAAUGUUGUAUACCUUGAUAUAGUCAGAUGUCCAAUUCCAAGAAAUAUUGUUAUUAUUAUUAUUGUGAUUUUU